GAGAACCUCAAGUCUUCAGGCUCAAAGAGCAUUGUCUUCAGCCAAUGGACUGCCUUUUUGGACCUUUUGCAGAUUCCUCUUUCUCGAAAUAAGAUUCCAUUUGUUCGUCUGGAUGGGUCUCUCAGUCAGCAACAGCGUGAAAAUGUGAUUAAACGGUUUUCAGAAGACAAUGAUAUUCUGGUCUUACUGAUGUCACUGAAGGCUGGUGGGGUGGGAGUGAAUUUGAUAGCUGCUUCCAAUGCUUUUUGUCAUGCUUUUGUUGCUGAUGAUAACUUCAAGAGUAUGGUGGAAAGAUGCUUUUGGGAAAUAUUUAGGAUCAAAAUUGCCUUGUUUGGAUAA